UGGGUUUUUCCGAACCCUGAUCCCGGUCGUGCCGGAGUUUAAAUUUCUCACAGUGGGAGGACCGAUUUGUGGGGCUGGGUUGGAAACUUCAUCACACAAAUAUGGAUUUUUCCACAACACGUGCGUUUCAUACGAGAUUGUUCGCUCGUCAGGCGAGGUUGUAGAGUGCAACAAGGAUGAAAAUUCAGAUUUAUUUUACGCCAUUCCGGGUUCUUAUGGUACCCUUGGAUUCCUAACUGCUGCCACCAUUAAGAUCAUGAAAGCUGAGAAAUACGUGAAAAUUUCCUACAUCCCGGUCAACUCAUUGGAUGAAGCGACUAAACGGAUUACAGAAGAAUCUCUUAAGACACCCCGGCCCGACUUUGUUGAAGGGAUCAUGUAUUCCUUGGAUAAAGGGGUUAUCAUGUUGGGAACUUUGACAUCAAAAUCCGAACCAGGAAAGGUAAACUCGGUUGCUGCCUGGUACAAGAAAUCCUUCUACAAACACGUCCAAACGUUCUUAACUGAAAGUCAAACAAUAUCUCAACCUGCCCCUAAUAAAACGGAAUAUAUCCCACUCCGAGAUUAUUAUCAUCGCCAUUCCUACGCCAAGUUCUGGAUUGGUCCGACAUGCCUUCCAUACAUUGAUGUUCCUGUGUUUCGCUACAUUUUCGGAUGGGCUGCGGUUGAAGACAGUUACACGUAUAAACUUAUACCGCGUUAUAUAAGACGAAUUUUUGAGGUAAAUCUUGUCCUACAAGACUUUAUCGUGCCAAUUGAAAAGAUGAAGAUGGCGCUGCAGUUCUUUCACGAUCAAGUUGAGGUUUAUCCGGUAUGGCUUUGCCCCGUCAAGGCAAUAAAUGAGCCGGGAUAUAUUAAAUCCGAAGGGAACGCGGACAAAAUGUACAUGGAUAUUGGGCUUUAUGGUUACUCUGGAAAGCCGGAUCAGUACGAGGUUGUCAAGUCGAACAAAGCCUUGGAACAAUUUUGUCUGGAAAAUGAUUGUAUGAAGGGGGCAUAUGCAGACACGUGGUUGACCAGGGACGAAUUUGGCCAAAUGUUUGACCCAACGUUGUACAAUAAAGUGAGAGCAGAGCUCAAUUGUGUACACGCAUUCCCAGACAUUUACGACAAAAUAUGUCAAGCGGGGAGAAAAUGAUUGAAGCAGCACAAAUGUCUUGUCACAAUUUAUACGACACAUUUCUGCAACUGGAAACUUAAUACUAUGCAGCAGGCCAUUUGCGACAAAAUCUCUGACAUGGGUGACCAGAUAUUGGUUGAGCUAUGUAGUUACCUAACCACAAAAUAUAAAAUUUUAAAAUUCGAAUGUUAAUUUUUAAUCAUAAACAACUCUAUACGUAAUUGCAAGUAGUGUUUAUCACCAUGGCCGGACAUCAAAUAUUGUCGUUACGAGCAAACAUAUGUACAUAAAAUUGUAUUGGUUACAUUUGACGAGUGAACAAACCUCCGAAAUUUAAAUAGAACAAUUAUUAAGUAAACAGCUACCAAAGAGCCUUUACAUACGCAUAUAUGUAUGUGUGCUCUGACAUAAUUGUACAACAGGAUAUGCUGCGUAUCAUAUGCCUAAACACACAAUAGUUCAUGCAAAAUAAUUCAUGAAAACUUAUGUCACGUUUGUAGUACAUGAUAAAGAGAACCAAUAGAUGUGUACGCAUAAUGGCAUUCUCUGUACAUAUAAGGAAAAAUAUUGGCAUAAAUUGCUGUCAAAUAUGUAUUAAAAAAACUAGGCGACCAAUUCCAUGACAAAUGCUUGUGAAUCUGCAUCCCAAAAAUGAAAAUUAUUAAACCCUUUAUAAGAUAUAUGUUUUGUCCAAUCCUUAACACAAGUCGAGGAAUCUGAACACAUAGUUACAUACAUAAUUAUAGUGAUCAUGCGAUCCACGUGUCAAUCAAAAAUAAAUUACUACCCAAUACACAUAUAAAUACAUAUGUAUAUGCAGGGUUCCUAGGUUUCAGAAAUGUAAUCCUAUUAAGUGGUUUUUCUGUUGCAGCUCACAGGAAAGAAUACAUCACAAGUUAAUUACUUAUUAUCCCUUCUCGCAUAAAUGUACAUAUGUAUGAACACAUAGAUGAAUAUUUGGCUAAGGAUGACAUACAUACGGGUAUGUAUGUAAAUACAUGUAAUAAUUCAGAUUGCAUGCUGUAUUGGUAGGGACCUGUUACUUAAAGAGAGCUUAAGUCCACGGUCCUUUGUAGAUAAAUUAUCUAGUAAAAUCCGUAAAUUUUAUACACUAGUUUUAUCCGAUUUUUCCAAAAUAAAGAGACGCCCUUGCCUAAACUUAUGAAAAUUUGAGAGGUAUUUUCCUCCUAAAAGUUUGCGAGUUCUACCCAUUGUACAAGGUUGCCAAGGACAGCGAGAAUAUCGGAUUACAGAAAUAUGUAUCAUGUCGAAAUAAAUGUGUAUUCGGUUUGGUGUCAGGUUCCACGUACUCGAUAACUUUUGAAGGAAAACUAGUUUUUUUUGUCCUGGCCCGUGAAUCAACUAACAUUUACCAUUUGUUUGUGGUCAACCAGUCCCACUUUUUUUUAUUAUGGAAAACUCAUUAAUAUUGGUUACUUGUAUGUCUGCAAUAAAUCCAUCCAGUCGUCUCUCCACAUCGAUCCUGGACACCUCACGCAGCCAAGCGGACACACAUUUACCUCGGAAAAAUGGUUAAAAUUCUCUUCAUCUUAACGAAUCAAGGCCAGUUGGGCGCCUCUGGCCACGCCACGGGGUGGUAUCUUCCCGAGGUCGCGCAUCCCUACAACAUCCUGGUCGAAAAAGGUCAUGAAAUUGUCAUCGCAUCGCCAAAAGGUGGCCCCACUCCACUCGAUCCCGACAGCAAGGUGGCUUUCGCAAAUGACCCGGAAUGCAUAAAAUUCCUUGCUAAUUCUAAAGCGAUGUCGGACAUGGAAAAUUCACUGCUUGUGGCGAACAUGAAAUCGACCGAUUUUGCGGCAGUUUUCUUCCCAGGCGGACACGGUCCCAUGUUUGACUUGGCCGACUGCGCCGCCGCACAGCAAAUCGUGCGAGAAAUUUACGAACGUGAAACCGGCAUAGUUUCCGGAGUUUGUCAUGGAUCCAUCGGUCUCGCAAAUGUGAAGUUGUCCAACGGCGAAUUUCUUGUCAAGGGACGUCGACUCACCGGGUUCUCGAACGCGGAAGAGACCGCCGUCGAUGUGGCGAAAUGGAUGCCACUCUCGCUCGAGGAUACGGUUAACGCGAACGGAGGGAAUUUCAUAACGGCGGAAAAUUGGGCGGAAAAUGUCAUCGUGGAUGGAAGAAUUAUCACGGGACAGAACCCCAGCUCCUCCGCGUUGGUUGGGAAAACGCUGAACGAAGCGUUGAGCAAGCUUUAAUGAUGGCAAUAAAUAUGAAAAUUAACAUACUUUGCAUGAAUUGGUUAACUAAAAUGUUGAAAAUUUUAAAAAGCCCGUUAAUAAAAUUAGAAACACUGCUUAAAUUGUA